GCCCUCACUUGUUAUGCUACUGCCAGUCCUCAGCUAGCCAACUCUUAGUUACAUCCUGCUAACAUUCAAUGUGAAUCCAGUCGUAUUUGUCACAUUGAGUGAGUUGUUGGCUUAUUUUGGACAUGGUUUCGUGGUUUAGUGCGAGCCAAUGCGGUUGGGAGGGCGGUAGCUAAGUUGGCUUACGUUAGCUAACGGCAGCCAUCUUACGCGAGCAUUGUAGCCCUGGGCUAGUUGUCGAGCUGGUGUGGUAACAACAAGAUGGCCUAUUAAUACGCGCACAAGGUGGAAUUUCCGCGUCGACGCAUUUGCUCAUCGAAUAGCACCGAAAUGCUAAAUAAAGGGAUGUUUUCGCAGUAUUGCUGAGUGUCCCUCUGGUUGUCACAGCCACAGAUCAGCCACCAUUCUUCAUUUACAAGCAAGGCAUCAAUUAAAGACGCUUUCAGGUUUGCUUCCUGACAAAAGCACCAGCGCUGCGCCCAACCAAAGCGACACCUAUACCCCCAUUCUUAGUUGAGUUAUACAUCCGGCAGGAAAACGGAGGUCGUGGGGCUGGAGUGUGUUCUUAUGGCGGAGUCAGAGACUGAAUGUGACACACCCGGCCUUGACACGCUGGGGUCGGAGUGUGUCAUAGCCCACAACCACGUCGACCUUUACUAUGGAGCUGAGACGGAAAUCAUGACAGACGAAAAGCACGGCUUGGAGUUGCAGAUUCACGUAGACGGCAUCGUAGAGACGGACCAUGAUUACAUCAAGGUGGAACCUGACGAGAUCCACUGUUUUGCGAGAGCUGAGAUCAAGACGAGUGGCGAGCCCUUCCUUCUCAAGACGGAAAACGAGCACGUGGUGAAAGUGGAGUCUGAUCAUGGUGGGGAGUUGACGGUGGAGUCUGAGAAUGGCGUCAUCAUUCACGAGGCCCACGGCCUGCAGUGCAACGAGUGCGGGGAAAUCUUUGGCAGCAUAGCUGACCUCCACCAACAUUUUGAGAUCCACAAGGACCUCAACCCAUACAUCUGUGUCCACUGUGGCGAGAGCUUUGCGGUGGAGGCCAGUCUCAAGCAGCACAUGAAGAUUCACAUGAAAGAAAAGCCCUACGUCCCACCAGGCAUGGAGAUGAUGAGCAAAGACAUCAUUGACGCCUUCAGCCUCAAAUCCCAUCAGAUGAUCCACCUGCCGGACAAGCCUCACAGGUGCUCAGAGUGCGGCAAGAGUUUUGCGGCUGCAAUCACCCUCAGAGAACACAUGAAGAUGCAUUCGGAGGACAAGCCCUACAAAUGCACCCAGUGUAGGAAGAGCUUUGUCCGCAGAAGGCACCUGAAGAAGCACCAAGAGGUCCACGCCCGUGAGAAGCCAUAUACCUGCGGUCAGUGCGGCAAGGGCUUUGCCACCACUUCCAACCUGAAGCAGCACCAGAAGACCCACGCCGUCGUUGUACUCGCCGCCGACAAGCCCCAUCAGUGCACACAGUGUGGCAAGUGCUUUGCGGCCGCCACAACUUUGCGCGAGCACCAGAAGAUCCACAUGGGUGAGAAGCCGUACAAGUGCAACAUGUGCAGGAAGAGCUUUGCCCGCAAGCGUCACCUGAAGAAGCACCAACAAGUCCACGCUGGAGGGAAGCCCUACACAUGCAGACAUUGCAACAAGGGCUUCAACCACUCCUCGUCCCUCUCGCGCCAUCACAAGACCCACAAACAGGGUCCCGUCUUCUCCCCACCACAGCCUGGGAAGCCCAUGACAUUCGCCUCCCCACCAAAGCAGAGGGUGCAUCUGCAAGGGGAAAAGCCUUACAUGUGCCAUCACUGCGACAAGGGCUUCAAUCAUUCCUCCUCCCUGUCCCGUCACCAAAGAGUCCACUCCGAGGGAAAAGGCUACAACUGCGGCCACUGUGGUAAAACCUUUAACCGCUCAUCGUCCCUCGCCCGGCACCAGAGACUCCACUUGGAGAACAAGCAGCAACUGCAGCAGCCGCAGUCGCCACAUCCUGAAGUGGAGCAGUAUAGCACUAUGCCCACCCCCAAGGGAUUUGUGCAAGCUGUUGUAUCUGUGUGAAUCCAGAUUUCUGGCGUGGGACAUUUUGCCUUGGAGUGUGUGGAGACUACCUGUUAAAGUGAAAAAAGGAAUAAAUAAACGUGCUGUGUUGAAAGACACAACCAAACACUCAGGAAAGACCAAGUUGUUGAUCUUAGCAGCUUCAGUGAAACGGUGUGACUGACGCCACAUGUGAGACUGUUUUCAAUGUCAUCUGUUCACACGGUAAAACUAGUAUUCCCAGUAGGAAGACCCUUAAUUUUUUCCCCUUUUUUUAAACAGUUUGCGAAACCUGCUCAAUCUGUGUCACUUACGGAGAAAACUCACUGCAAGAUUUUUCUGAAUUGUGAUAUAUAUUUUGAGGUGGCCCUUGGCCUUGAAGAAUUGGAAAUAUUGGAGGCUGCAAAUGUCUACAUUCAUCCAUGCAGACUUUUGCUUCUCAGAAUAAAAUGAUUGGAGAGAACAAAUGUAAAUUAGAAUUCAUGUGAUUUAGGGAGGAGCAUAUUUUGGCAUUAUUGUCGGUAUUCCAAUAAAAUUAGUUGUGAGCUCAUUUUGUCUGGAUGUCUAGACAUACCCUUCUAUAUUCACUGCUUAGUGUCAUGAACAGUAACCAUGGUUAACAUCUCAAAAUUGUCAUUGCAGCUAUCCAUGAAUUUUGAGGUAUGCACCAUUUACAUGGUUGAAGUCAAUCAUAGUUGUAUUUGAUUGGGACGUCUGUACCUGAAACCCUUGGAGCUAAGUUACCAUCAUACCAGCAAGCUCCUGGCCAUGUCCUCUCGCUUUACAAAGAACAGAGACCGACAGUACAAGUUGCCUGCUGGCAAGCUGUGGCAGCAAUAACCGGCUCUGUCAAACUGGACAGGAACAGCUACUGUACUCCGAGAUCCCUAUGAGUGGAAUGAAGAUUAAACAUUAGAAAAUGUAGGCGAGUCCAAGCAUUUGCGAUAAUAAAUGUUGGAUUGAGGCGGGUGUAGCUCUUAAACCAGGAGCUCAACAAAACUAACAAAGGAAAGACCAACUACCAACUUCUCCAAUGAACAUCGACGGCUGUUCCCAUUUGUCACCAAGUGGACAAUUGUGGCCAAUAUGAAAGAUAACAAGGAUUAUAACCAGUGAAUAUCACUGAAUACCUUGACAUUGCAAUGGAAUACACAUGUCUUAUGUUAUCUCAUUUGUGAUGUGAUUUCUACAGAUUGUUCUCAUCAAAUCUUACCACACACUUGCAGCCCUGAAUGGAUACGAGAGAGAACAGUAAAAGUUGACAUUUAGAAUAUUUCUUCAUCAGGAAAGCAUGCUGUGAUGGUAGGCCGGGGUACUGAUUUCACUUGGGGGGGAAAAAAACACAUUAUUUCGGACCCGACUGUAGAAAAAAUUUGAAGAGUGAGUUUUCUCCAUAACUGGCACAUUCAAAAAAAUGUAUUAAAGGCCACCCUAAUUCCAGUUUGGGAACGGGUGGCUGAAAAUAACACAUGCUCCUUCUGUUCAGAUGAUUGCUUGAGCAGGGAUGUCUAAAAUGUGGCCUGGGGGCCAUUUGAGGCCUGCAGUUUUUUUUUUGUUUUUUUGGCCCUUGGCACAUUCUAAAAAUGAAAUUAAACAAGAAAACUUACUUUGAUUUUUCAGUAUGCGGCCGUUGGUGGAAAAAGUUUGAGCACCGCUGCCUUUUUAAAAGCCAGGAAAAUGUAUGGUUUAUAAUGAGAGCAAAUACGGAGUGGCUUUGAUGUCUGGAAUAGUGAUCUGGAAUGGAUGUUCUGCAAUUUUCAUCAAAGUUUGUAGGAAUUAAAGUAACACAAUAUUACUGGAAAAAUUAUUUCCCCCCAAAAAUGUUCUAUUUGCACAGUGAUAGUGACACAAAAAAAUUCCCCGAAAGGGACUGCAACUGGCUGAAGACUUUUUUUUUUUUUCAACCAGAACAUGAACACCACCACCAGCUAACAUGUUAUCAAUAGUGGUUUAAAAGAACAGAUUGUAUGAAAAAAUGUAUAUUUCUUCACAUCACAUUACUUGUUAAAAUGCAUUACAAAUUGUUGUAAAUUUUUGUUCGGCCUGAAUAAAAUAACACAUUCAUGGCUGUCACGGGUGUUGCUAUUCACAUGUCGUAGUGCGUCCACACACACAAGCAAUCUGUGUAACAAGAUCAACAAUUUCCAUUCAUGUAUACAUUCAAUGAUAAUGAUUGAAGCACACCAAUGUUGAAUGUUCUAAUACGUCAUCACAGACACGCCUGACUUACAUUUCUGUUAGUAUCUUUGAGCAUGGCCGCAUUGUGGCCUAGUGGUUAGCAUGUUGGCCACUGAGGAGGUCUGGAAGAUCUGGGUUUGACAUCUCUGUGAUUUUGCAUGUUCUCCCCUUGUGUGCGUGGGUACUCCGGCUUCUCCGAAACACAAACCUCUCAAUUUAUCGUCAAUCUACAUUCCUACACUCACCUAUGGUCAUGAGUUUUGGGUAGACCGAAAGGACAAGAUCGCCUGUAAAACGG